GGGCGGGCCGGGGGCGGGGGGCCCAGCCAUAUGGAUGUGAUUUCUCCGCUCCGAGGCAGACAGGCCGCUCAGCAGCGCUCGGCGCCCGCCCGCCGCCCGCCCGGCCUCAGGCUGCCUCCCUCCCUCCGCCCUCCCUCUCUCCAUUGCGCCGGUUCGUUCUCUCGCUCGCCCUCGGCGAAUGGGCCCCGCGUCGGGCUCCGGGGCCUCCGGCCGCCCGGACGCCGGGGUCCCCUAGGCCGGGGCGUGGGCGGGGCGGCCCGGCCUGACGCAGCUCUGCACCCUCCAACCAUCACCAGGGCCGGCGGCGGCUGCCCCGAGGGACGCGGCCCUAGGCGGUGGCGAUGGGGACCGCCCGGAUCGCACCCAGCCUGGCGCUCCUUCUCUGCUGCCCAGUGCUCAGCUCCGCAUAUGCGCUGGUUCCAGAUGCCUGAAGUUUCCCCACUUCUGAAGACUUGGCUUGGGGUCCUGGGUCUGGAAACCUGUGGUUGGAGUUCCCCUACACCAUGCUUCUGUGAGCAUAUGGCUCUGGUCGUGGACGCAGACGAUGUCUUUACCAAAGAGGAACAGAUUUUCCUGCUGCACCGUGCCCAGGCGCAAUGUGACAAGCUGCUCAAGGAAGUUCUGCACACAGCAGCACAGCCGAUGGCUAGAACCACCCCCAUUUCUCCAGCCAACAUAAUGGAGUCAGACAAAGGGUGGACGCCAGCAUCUACGUCAGGGAAGCCCAGGAAAGAGAAGGCACCGGGAAAGUUCUACCCCGAGUCUAAAGAGAACAAGGAUGUGCCCACCGGCAGCAGGCGCCGAGGGCGUCCCUGUCUGCCAGAGUGGGACAACAUCGUUUGCUGGCCAUUGGGGGCACCAGGUGAAGUGGUGGCAGUACCUUGUCCCGAUUACAUUUAUGACUUCAACCACAAAGGCCAUGCCUACAGACGCUGCGACCGCAAUGGCAGCUGGGAGGUGGUUCCAGGGCACAACCGGACGUGGGCCAACUACAGCGAGUGCCUCAAGUUCAUGACCAAUGAGACUCGGGAACGGGAGGUAUUUGACCGCCUGGGCAUGAUCUACACCGUGGGAUAUUCCAUGUCUCUUGCCUCCCUCACCGUGGCUGUGCUCAUCCUAGCCUAUUUUAGGCGGCUGCACUGCACGCGCAACUACAUCCACAUGCACAUGUUCCUGUCGUUUAUGCUGCGCGCCGCGAGCAUCUUCGUGAAGGACGCUGUGCUCUACUCUGGCUUCACGCUGGAUGAGGCCGAGCGCCUCACGGAGGAAGAGUUGCAUAUCAUCGCGCAGGUGCCGCCUCCGCCCGCCGCUGCCGCCGUUGGCUACGCUGGCUGCCGUGUGGCCGUGACCUUCUUCCUCUACUUCCUGGCUACCAACUACUACUGGAUUCUGGUGGAGGGACUGUACUUACACAGCCUCAUCUUCAUGGCCUUUUUCUCAGAGAAGAAGUAUCUGUGGGGCUUCACCAUCUUUGGCUGGGGUCUGCCGGCUGUCUUCGUGGCUGUGUGGGUCGGUGUCAGAGCAACCUUGGCCAACACUGGGUGCUGGGACCUGAGCUCUGGGCACAAGAAGUGGAUCAUCCAGGUGCCCAUCCUGGCAUCUGUUGUGCUCAACUUCAUCCUCUUUAUCAACAUCAUCCGGGUGCUUGCCACUAAGCUUCGGGAGACCAAUGCGGGCCGGUGUGACACCAGGCAGCAGUACCGGAAGCUGCUCAGGUCCACGUUGGUGCUUGUGCCACUCUUCGGUGUCCACUACACCGUCUUCAUGGCCUUGCCGUACACCGAGGUCUCAGGGACACUGUGGCAGAUCCAGAUGCACUAUGAGAUGCUCUUCAACUCCUUCCAGGGAUUUUUUGUUGCCAUCAUAUACUGUUUCUGCAAUGGUGAGGUGCAGGCAGAGAUUAGGAAGUCUUGGAGCCGCUGGACACUGGCAUUGGACUUCAAGCGUAAAGCACGAAGUGGGAGUAGCAGCUACAGCUAUGGCCCAAUGGUGUCACACACGAGUGUGACCAAUGUGGGCCCCCGUGCAGGACUCAGCCUUCCCCUUAGCCCCCGCCUGCUUCCUGCCACCACCAAUGGCCACUCCCAGCUGCCUGGCCACGCCAAGCCGGGCGCUCCAGCCAUUGAGAACGAAACCAUACCAGUUACUAUGACAGUUCCCAAGGACGACGGCUUCCUUAAUGGCUCCUGCUCGGGUCUGGAUGAGGAGGCCUCUGGGUCUGCGCGGCCACCUCCAUUGUUGCAGGAAGAAUGGGAAACAGUCAUGUGACUGGGCAUCAAGGGGCUGGACUGCUGGCAUGGGCAGAUGGACAGAUGGACCAAGAAGCCAGAGUUUGGCUGGCUGUCUAUUCAGGACUGGACCAGGAAGACAAAAGGAAAAGAGAAAAAAAAAAAAAAAAAGAAGGGAGCUGUGUGUGGCUUCCUGUGUUGUGCUCAAGGAUGCCUGGGUCUCGAAACCA